GAGGCCCCGGCCCGGCCCUUCCCCUGGCCCCCGCGCCCCGAGGAUGGCAGCGCUGCCCGCACGAGUGGCUGGCGGCGGUGUCCCUCCUCUUUUUUUCUCCGGCAGCGGCGGCGGCGGCGGCAGCGGCGGAUCAUUGUUGUGUGGGAGGAGGGCGGCGGGGAUGGACUUGAUCUCUCGGGUCUCCUGCUAAGGCGGCAGCACAGCGCGCCCCGCCGCCCAGCCAGCACCCGCCAGGGCCGAGCCGCGCCGCGCCGGGCAGGGAGGGACCGGCCCCCCGCCCGCUCCCCGGGCUGCUUUAUUUUUAGGGGGCUCUGCUGCUCCUCUCCCUCGCCCUUAUCCCCCCCCUCCCCCCCGCUCGCACACACGCACAGGGACACGCACGCACCCUCCUCCUUUGCCCUUUCAUCCUUCCCCCCCGCCGUCCUCCCGCACCGACUCCUGCCGCGGCAGAUGCGCUGGGGGUCACCGCGCAGCUGGGACUAUGGUGAAAUUUCCAGCGCUCACUAACUACUGGCCCCUGAUCCGGUUCCUGGUCCCUCUCGGCAUCACCAACAUCGCCAUCGACUUCGGGGAGCAGGCCUUGAAUAGGGGCAUCGCUGCUGUCAAGGAAGAUGCUGUGGAAAUGCUGGCCAGCUAUGGGCUGGCAUACUCCCUGAUGAAGUUCUUCACGGGUCCGAUGAGUGACUUCAAAAAUGUAGGUCUGGUGUUUGUGAACAGCAAGCGAGACAGGACCAAAGCAGUUUUGUGCAUGGUUGUGGCUGGCGCUGUAGCUGCUGUAUUUCAUACCUUAAUAGCAUAUAGCGAUUUGGGGUAUUACAUUAUUAAUAAGCUGCACCAUGUGGAUGAAUCAGUGGGAAGUAAAACUCGGAGGGCCUUUCUUUAUCUUGCUGCCUUCCCUUUUAUGGAUGCCAUGGCAUGGACCCAUGCUGGGAUUCUGCUGAAACACAAGUACAGUUUCCUAGUGGGAUGUGCCUCCAUCUCAGAUGUCAUAGCUCAGGUUGUUUUUGUAGCCAUUUUGCUUCACAGUCACUUGGAGUGCAGGGAGCCUCUCUUGAUCCCAAUCUUGUCCUUAUACAUGGGAGCACUUGUCCGAUGUACCACGUUAUGCCUCGGAUACUACAGGAACAUACAUGAUGUCAUUCCUGACAGAAGUGGGCCUGAAAUGGGGGGAGAGGCUACAAUAAGGAAGAUGCUGAGUUUCUGGUGGCCUUUGGCAUUAAUUUUGGCAACUCAGCGAAUAAGUAGGCCCAUUGUCAACCUUUUUGUCUCCCGGGACCUAGGUGGCAGUUCUGCAGCCACGGAGGCGGUGGCGAUUCUGACAGCUACGUAUCCUGUGGGACACAUGCCAUAUGGCUGGCUGACAGAGAUCAGAGCAGUAUACCCUGCUUUUGACAAGAAUAACCCCAGCAAUAAAUUGGUGAACACCAACAGCACCGUCACAGCGACACAUAUCAAGAAGUUCACUUUUGUUUGCAUGGCAUUGUCCUUAACGCUCUGUUUUGUGAUGUUUUGGACGCCAAACGUGUCAGAGAAGAUUUUAGUUGACAUAAUUGGAGUAGAUUUCGCUUUUGCAGAGCUGUGUGUUGUUCCUUUGCGCAUCUUCUCCUUCUUUCCAGUUCCAGUGACUGUCAGAGCGCACUUGACAGGCUGGCUGAUGACUCUGAAGAAGACAUUUGUGUUGGCACCCAGCUCAGUGCUGCGGAUUAUCGUCCUCAUCGCUAGUCUCAUUGUGCUGCCUUACUUGGGAGUUCAUGGAGCCACUCUUGGAGUAGGAUCCCUUCUAGCUGGUUUUGUAGGAGAAUCCACCAUGGUUGCAAUAGCAGCCUGUUAUGUCUAUCGGAAACAGAAAAAGAAGCGGAAUGAGAAUGAAACAGCUACAGAAGGUGAAGACUCUGCAAUGACCGACAUGCCUCACACAGAGGAAAUGACAGACAUCGUAGAAAUGAGAGAAGAGAAUGAAUAAUAAAUGGGAUGCAGUUGUUCUCUGCAGGGACGAUUGGAGUGACACUUCAGCAUCUUGUCGUCUCUCAUACUUUUUUGUUUGUUCGUUUUUAUUUUUGUAAUAAAGAGGCCUUGAUUUAAAAGGUUUCAGAUAAAUUCUCUAGCAUACUGAGUAUGCUCUCACUGAUGAGGGACCUAAAAAGAGGUCUUUGCUUCCCCCCCCCCAAUUGAAUUUGUUUUUUCACUCCAUGCAAACACAAAAGAUACAAUUGCAUCACUGUAGUGUCUUCCUUACUUAUGCAUCCACUUUCUCUGGACAAUCUGCAUUUGUCAACCAAAGCCCUGCUCUCUGUGCAUGUGUGUGUGUGUGUGCGCGCAUGCGCUUGCACGCUUGCACACGCACAUGGACACGUGCCACUGGCUCAAUGCUACUGCCAUAAUCCUACUCCCUCCCCUCUUUCCUUUUCCUUCCUUUUCUUUAGGAGAAAUGUAAAGGAAAAGAAGUUUGGAAUACAGAGCUUUAUUUUACUUGCUUGAAAAUGACUUUGCUACAUAAACUAAUAUACUAUGGUGAACUAUAUCUUUUUGUUUGGCCUCAUCACUAGAGCUUAUACUGCACAGGGUACAAGACAGGGAGGAACGUGUAGGUUUCCACAUACAAAGUGGAGAAAAACAGGUUCCUCUCUCAUGUUAAAAGUGUGUGGAUGUGUAUAUACACACACAGGUACAUAACCAGAGACAUACAUAUAUAUAUAUUUAUAUAUAUAUGGAUACGAUAAAUAAAAUACACAAAGGACAAGAACUCUAUUUAGCUUUCUUUCCAUCAGAAAGAUAGUAAUCUUUUGAAAAAUGUAAACAUUUAAUUCAGAAUUUUCUUGAAUCAUUAAGCCCCACCUUACGUAUAAUUUUCUUCAGAAAAAAACCCCAUGCACUUUCCUCUUGUGAAGAGGGUGAUGGCAACUGAUAGACUUUGACUGUAUUUGAAUAAAAAAAAAAUAAAUAUUGA